AUGACUGGAGGUACACGUCUGGCGAAUGUACUUGAUAAUUCAGAUAUAGCUCUACCGCAUAGUCAACAAGAAGCUCUGUUUCGAAAUAGACAUUACCAAAAAGAACUACAAGAUCACCAUGGAAAUGAUAAAGACAGUACUAAUUUGCCAUUUGGCUCACAGGAUGUGUCAGUCGAAAUACCUAGUCCUGAAAGUCGACGAUGGAGUAAUGGCAUGGAGUCUAGCCAGUUUGGUGUAGUGGGAAAUAUUACAAAACAAGAGCUUAGUGAGUUGGAUGAAGAAGAUCCCGACAUAACUACUUUGAGUAUACAAGGAAGCUCGACCCAGAUCGACCAUCGUGCAAAUGAUACAGAGCGCAAGUUUCAAGGUAUGGACACUAUAAAGGAAAAAUCUCACCUGUAUUCACAUGAUGAUCAUGGUGGUUAUGAUAAUGAUAAUAGUAAAAGUUUUGGUGAUAAUUAUGAUGAUACACAACGGAUUCCACCAGCCAAAAUAGGGAUGGAUUCGCUAGCAGAAACACAAAAAAUUGAAACUAAUAAGAGUAUUAAGGUCCAGGAUAGUCCAGAAAGAGAUGAAGUGAAAGACGAUGUUGAUCAAAUUAGUAAAAAAGUUUUCCAAAAACAAAGCAGUAUUCAAGACCUUGACGACACUCAGCCAAUUGCAAGAGCAAGUAAAGUUAAUUUGGAUUUAGCUGACACUCAGCCUUUAGUAGGAUCCCGGCAAACUAAUUUAGACUUGACCGAUACUCAACCAAUUGCUAGACCUUACCAGACUAAUCUAGACUUGGCUGAUACUCAAGUUAUUGAUCAAAAAAGUAUUCGAAAACCAGUAGGUGAUUCUUUUUCAGCUUCAACAGAGGAUGAUUUUGACAUUUCUCCUGACACGCAGUUUGGUGAAGGUGAUGACCACAAUGAUGUUGAUGAUGUUGAUGAUGUUGAUGAUAUUGAUAUUGACAUUGAUGUUAAAGCAAACGAUGAAUUGAAAGAAACACAGGUGAUCAAUCGCAAAGAAGAAAAAAUAUCACACGUACCACAAUACACAAGCCAGGACAGUGAUUACUCAUUUGGUUUUAUCGACAGAUUGGAAAGUUUGCCUGAAACUCAAGUUAUCACAAAUGGCAAUUUGAUAGACCACCGUUUCAAUCGCAAUCAUCCGAAUUUAAAGUCAAGGCGACAAGUUAUCAACACACAAGAUGUACCAGAUGGAGGGAGUCAAGGUACAAAUGCAAACGGCAUUGUCGAAGUGCAAACCGAUGAUGAAAGAGAUAUCACUUAUGAUAGAGAGAGAGAUGAGGAAGAAGAAAAAGAGGAAGAAGAAAGAGAAGAAGAAGAAGUGGAGCAGCAGGAGGAUGAGGAUUUAGUCAUGGAAAAGGGAAAGAAAGAAUCUGAGGAAUUGGAUGUUCCUGUUGAUAAAGAUGUCACUGAUCAAUAUGAGGAUAGCGUUGUUAGGUAUAGAAAGAGAAACCUUUCGAAAAGUCCAAUUAAGCUUAAAAGAGCCCGAACUGAGAAUUUAACCUCACAUUUUCAAAGUAAUGAAGAUGAAAAUGCUGACUAUUUAACACCUGCGCCAGUAUUGAGAAAUCAUUCCGUGCCGUUGAUUUUGGCUUCACCUUUUGAUAAGAUAUUCACAUCUUCCUCCUCGCCAAGCAAAAAAAUUGCAAAUCAACUGGUGAUGACUGAUGAAGAUGGGAAAUUGGCGGUUAUUAACACUAGCAUGCAGAAUGAUAAUGGAGAGAAGAAUCAAGUGCUUGAUAAAGUUGAGAGUAGCCAUAGUGGUGAUAACAAUAGAAAUAGGGGAUACGCUACUUCUCCGCCGAGUUCACCCGAAGCGAUCUUGCCUACAGCAGUUGAUGAAACCGAUGUUGAAAAAAUGGAAAAUAGUUUAAAUGAUAUUGUUCCCGAUGUGGAUAUGGAUGUUGACAAUAGUGCAGAAAAGUCCUCUUUGGAAAAACCAGCGCGGUCCAAACGGAGAGUUAAUAGAGUAGUGGAAUCACAAUCUGGGACUGAUGAUGCUACAACCAAUGAUAUUGAUAAUGAUUUCAAUGAUGGUGAAUAUAUCAUUAACGGUGUUUUGCGCAAGGAAAAGUCGGAUACACUUCGAGAAUCAGAUAUUUUGUAUCGGGAUAGUGUAUGGGCCACUUACAAUUUGAAAAUGUAUACUGGGAGAUUAGAAGCUAGUUACAGUGACUCUCUGAUUGUGGAAUUCCCGGAUGGAUCAUAUUCAAUCAAAAAUGAGGAUCUUAACAUGCUUGAUUUGAGGAUUGGUGAUACGGUCAAUGUUCGGGGUAAAAGGUUUAAAUGUAUAGUUGUUGGACUAUCAAGAGGUGAUAGUUCUGUGAAUGCUUUCAAAUGCAUGCGUGGCUACUCCGUUGUACAUGUGGUGAAACGAAGUCAGAAAAGUAAUGCAGAUAAGCAGGAGUUUCUAGUGCCGUUAUCUGAAUGUCUUAUGGAGUUGAGUGACUGGAUGAUCCAUGAGCAAAAAUAUCGGUUACUUUUUGAUGAUGAGAAUAAUGUUGGCGACAAGAGCAACGAUGUUUUUCUUUUGUCCUCAAAUGGUUUGGUACGCAGUCGUGGAACAACAUUUGAUGUUAUUAGUGGUGCUAGCCACCAACCAAAUUAUCAUCAACAGCCACUGACACCGACAAAAGCUUCGACCAGGAUUUCUAGUGAAAAGUUUCUGAAACUCGCUACCCCGUCUCCUAAAAAAUCAUUAGCUUAUGGUAGUACAUCACUGAUAUUUGCAGGCAAAUUGUUUAGUAUUACUAAUAUUGAUGGUGCUAGGAAGGAGUUGAUCAAGCAAAAAAUUGAAAGUAAUGGUGGGAUCUAUCUCGAUUCUGAUCUUUUGGGCAUCUUUGAAUACUCCAAAAUUGAUGAUACUGGGUUGGGCUUGACUUCCAAGUAUUUGAAACAGUCAAUGAAUAUAAGAUUUGGAUGCAUGAUUGCAAAUAAUUUCUGUCGCAGUUCGAAAUAUUUACAAGCAUUGGCCUUGGGGUGGCCCAUACUUUCCGAUGCCUAUAUUGAUGAUGUAAUUGCUAACCCCAGUAGGGUUGAUGACUGGUAUGUAUACUUGUUACCAGCUGGUUAUUCUGUUCAUAUGCAAGCAAUGAAAAGUUUGGACAUUUACAAAUAUAGAGUCAAUUUUGAACUUGGUUUGCUGCUUAACGAACAGAUAUUAAAUCGCAAGCUUUUGUUAACUGGAGUCAAUAUAUUGAUAUUGAGUUUUUCUGUUACAGAGAGUAAAAAGAAUUUGAUAGAGUUGGAGACUUCGAAAUUUAUAUUUCAUGCAUUUGGAGCACAGUCAUGGAAUAUCUGCCAUAGUGUUGAAAAGGCUCUUGAAGCUAUAAAAAGUUUUAUCAGUAUGGAUCAAGAGUUUUUAAUAUUUAAUGAUGGAGGAGCAAAUGAUAUAUUGAAUGAAAUUUUGACAAGUUUUAGUGAACAGGAAAACUCAUUUGCAAUAGAAAGAGGAAGAAGCCAAGGAAGUAGAAGAAGUAAAAGAGGAGAAAGAAGAGAUGAAAAAGAACAGCAUGAUAUAAGAGUAGUUGAUUGGGAAUGGGUUGUGCAAUGUGUAAUUAGUGGCUGUAUAUGGGAUUCUCCAUCUACAAAAAUAACUACAACAACAUUAUCAUUAGCUAGUUGA